AUGGGAACCACAACAACACUGCGACUCUGUUACUUCCCAAACUGCUUCAUCACACAUCCAUGUGGAAGCAUCAGCAACAACUGCAUGUUCUCUUCAACACAACACCACCACACCACUAUCUCUCUCCCGUUCAGUUCCUCCACUCACUUCCAUCUCCUCGCUUCGCAAACCAACAACGCCGCAACCGCAACCACAACCACACGGAAAAGCCGGAAGCUGAAAACGGAUGACGAGAUCUGCUCUGAAAUUCGUCAAUUCAUUGCUGAAGUUGGACUUCCUCACGACCACAUUCCCUCUACAAAAGAGCUUAUACUUCAUGGAAGGAAUGACCUGGCAAAAAUUGUUAGACGUAGAGGUCAUAAAAAGAUUCAGGAUCUUCUCACAGGCUCAUUAUAUGGUGACGUUGAUUCUUUAAACACUGCAAAUGAUAGUGUGGAUCUAUUAACAGGUCAGAAUGAGAAGGUUGAUGUGUUGGUCGAUGGUGUCUUGGCAUCGACUGUAUUUCCUCAUGAGGAGGGAGACAGCUCUGGUAGUGCGUUUGUUGACUCAACUCUGAGUUUAGAUGAAUGCACUUCAAUCCCUGUAGAAUCGUCGACUAGUUCAUCUGUCGAGGAUGGGGUAGGGAAACUCAAAGAUUAUGCUGAAGAAGUUAACAGCAUGGCAGAGGGGAAUUUAUUUCCAACUGAAUUGACCACUGUGGACAAUGAUUGCAGUAGUUCAAUAGAAGGUCUUUAUCCGAAUUCUGAUAGCCUACCACGUUCCAUGCCAACAGAAAUUUCUGGUGAAUCACCAUUUGAGACAACGUUGUUUGUGAAUUCUGAGCGUGAGGGUACUUUAAUGGCAAAAAUGGUUGGAGAUAUUACAUAUCCAUUGACAGUUCCUUCUAUGGAAAACCAUUCCAACACUUCAUUUAAGGAUCCCGAUCUUGACAACGGAGACAAAGUGUCCAUGGAGCAAAAGGACGGGGGGGUGUUAGAAGACAUCAGUGAUGUAAAUCUUGAAACUUCGUCCAACUUAUCUUUGGAGGAAAGGGUCGCAAAUUUUAUUCAGAAUGGAGAUUUAGAUGCAGUUGAAGGUGGACGUCCACAUAAAGAGAAUAAUGUCAUGGCACCUAAUGGGAUCUCACUGACAUCCAAUCAAGCUAUUCUGCCUGGAAAAUUGGACCAGCCUCUUCGGGACAAUCACAUGCCACAUGAGGAUCCAAUAACUCAUUUUGACAAGGAUUUGGAUGCCGAGGCUCGAAAUGCACAAAAUCAAAGUGAGAUAAAUCAUCUCAAGUUCAUGCUGCACCAGAAGGAAUUGGAAUUGACUCGGCUGAAGGAGCAGAUUGAGAAGGAAAAGCAUGCUCUGUCUGUCUUGCAAACCAAGGCGGAGGAGGAAAUCAGCAAAGCCAAAAAACUCUUAUCUGAAAAAGAUGCAGAGCUGCUUGAAGCUGAGGAAAGUCUUUCAGGACUCAAGGAGGUCGUUAUUGAGUUCUCUGGUGAUGGUGAUGUCGUGGAGGUAGCUGGAAGCUUCAACGGCUGGCAUCACCCAAUAAAGAUGGACCCUCAACCUCAACCAUUAAGUAGUGUUAUUGACCAUGGUGGAUCAAGAUCUUGGUCAGCGAUGCUGUUGCUAUAUCCAGGUGUAUACGAGAUAAAAUUUGUUGUUGAUGGCCACUGGACAACAGAUCCUCAACGAGAAUCAGUAAGAAGGGGUCACAUAUGUAACAACAUUUUAAGAGUAGAUAGGUGA